AUGGUCACUCGGGUUUCCCCCAGUGAGAAAUUUGAGUGUGAUGUAUGUGCAAAAAGAUUUGCACAGAAGAGCCACCUGAAUGGGCAUAUGCUAGUUCACAGUGAAAAGAAAUAUGGGUGUGAGAUCUGUGGUAAACGUUUCAUACUGGAAAGCCACCUUAGUAGCCACAUGCAUGUGCACAGUGAGAAAAAAUUUGUGUGCGAGUUGUGUGGAAAGCGAUUCACACACAAAAGCCACCUCAGUAGCCAUUUGCUGGUGCAUAGUGAGAAAAGGUUUGGAUGUGAGAUAUGUGGAAAGCGUUUUACACAGUUAAGUCACCUCAACAGCCAUAGAUUUGUUCACACGAGGGGGAAAGUUUGGUGUGAAUGUGUGGCAAACGUUCACACAGCUAACCCCCCAAAUAUCACAGGGGUUUUCAAACCCGGAAAAAACUUUGUUUGA